UCGGCUUCUCUCCGCCCCAUCUCUUCUCUAGCCAGCUGCUCUAUUAUCACAUCCUCUAACAACAAUAUGGGAAGCACCGGCCACCUUCGAAGGGCAGAGAAGGCCAGUGGUAUGGCUACAGUGCUUGCCAUCGGCACCGCGUCGCCGGUGCACGUGAUCGAGCAAAGCACUUUCCCCGACCUCUACUUCAGGAUCACCAAGGCCGAACAUAUGGCCGGCCUCAAGGACAAGCACAGGAGAAUAUGUGAAAAAUCCACAGUCCACAAGAGACACACAUACCUGGAGGAGGCGAUGUUGGAGAAGCACCCUAACCUUAGGGAUCCCACGGCUCCUUCCCUGGAUGCUCGCCACGACCUCAUCAUCCCGGAGGUGCCCCGGCUGGCGAAGGAAGCGGCGCUGAAGGCAAUCGCCGAGUGGGGGCAGCCUACCUCCAGCAUCACCCACCUCAUUGUUUGCGCCACUGCCGGCGCUGACCUUCCUGGUGCCGACUUCCAUGUCUCCAGAUUGCUGGGUCUACAGCCCUCGGUCAAGCGUUUCAUGCUCUACCAGCAGGGCUGCUUUUCGGGGGGCACGGUUCUGCGGCUGGCGAAGGACCUAGCGGAGAACAGCAAGGGUGCGAGGGUGCUGGUCAUCAACUCUGAGGUGCUCUCCCUCAUCGCCUUCCGCGGACCCAGCAUCUCCAACGUCGACAACUUGGUGGGUCAGACCAUGUUCGGCGAUGGGGCUGUUGCCCUCAUCGUGGGUGCUGACCCUGUUCCCACCGUUGAGAAACCCAUUUUCGAGAUCGUAUGGACGGCGGAGACCAUCCUGCCAGACUGCGGCAAUGCCAUAAGGGCCAGCUUGCGGGAGAGUGGGAUGACCUUCCACCUUCUGCCGGAAGUGCCAGGGAAGAUAUCUGCUGGCCUUGACAAGAUCCUGGCCGAUGCGUUCCACCCGCUGGGCAUCUCCGAUUGGAACUCCAUUUUCUGGGUACCGCACCCAGGUGGCCCUGCCAUCUUGGACCAGGUGGAGGCGACAUUGAAGCUGAAGAAGGAAAGGUUGAGCACCACGAGGGAGGUGCUCUACCAGUACGGCAACAUGUCCGGUGCCACCGUAUUGUUCAUCCUGGAUGCAAUGAGGAGGAAGUCGAAGAAGGAAGGGCUGGCCACCACCGGAGAAGGGCUCGACUACGGUGUCCUCUUCGGAUUCGGCCCCGGCAUCACCGUUGAGACCGUCGUCUUACGCAGCAAGCCCAUUGCCUACUAGCAGCAAAGUCUACAUCUAAAUAUGUGCACCAUACAGUUCAUCACCGUUGAUGCCAGUCGUUCUAUGCCGCAUGCCCAUCGAUACAUGUUAAGAAAGUCUACAUCUAAAGAGAUGCACCAUGCGGUUCAUAAACUGCUACGUGAUAUUCACACGAAUAAAUAAUGCCUUGAAGAUUCUAUAGCA